GGGCGGGGGCGGACCCGUGCGCAGGGCUCCUGGCCGCUUUCCAGGUCGGCGCACUAAUACGGGCGAUGAGGCUUCGCGGCUCCAGUCUGACUGACGCCGGCUGGGGCCGCCGCCGCCGCCGCCGCCGCAGCCGCCGCUGUAGCCGCCGCUGUCUCGGUUCCCGCCGCCGCCGGGCCCUGCAGCCGCUGAGCGCGCGCUGCCACGCAUCAACAGGUCCCUUUUAUCAAAGAAGCCUCAUUAAGUAAAACUAAAUGAAGAGGGCUGCUUUGGUGGAUGGUGGCAUCUGCAGAGGGACAGAGUCGAGAGCUUUGCCCUUCCCCUGGCGUCCAGCUCUGCCCUGCUGUCUUGCUGCUGCGUCUGACCGAGUCUCUCUGCGGUCUCCAGAUUUCUGAAGAACACCGUUUACAAACUGCUCGUGAUUUUGAAGAGGAAAGUCUUCAUCCUACUCUUGGAAAUUCUGCAGACAACCAAGCACUUGGGAAGAAUGGAAGCAACACAGCAGACAAGAUAUGAGCAGCAGGUUUCUGAGUUGGCCAGGCCCUUGUAGGGCCUGGGAGAAAGUCAACUGAGUUCCCAAGCUGAAUUGACCAGUUACUUCCAGAAGAAAAGAAAGACCUACAACAUCCCUGGAGAGUUUGUACCUAUGACAUCCCUGGAGAGUCUCUUGCUACAUUCUUCCCUCAGGCCCUGCAGGCAGUAACGGGCCGUCUCUCCAGUUCCAUUGGCCCUGGACGCCUGCAGUUCACCUCUUAUGCACUCCAGCACCCCCAUCAGCUCCCUCUUCUCCUUCACCAGCCCAGCAGUAAAGAGACUGCUAGGCUGGAAGCAAGGAGAUGAAGAGGAAAAGUGGGCAGAGAAGGCGGUAGACUCCUUAGUGAAGAAAUUAAAGAAGAAGAAAGGAGCCAUGGAUGAGCUGGAAAGGGCCCUCAGCUGUCCAGGGCAGCCCAGCAAGUGUGUGACAAUUCCCCGGUCUCUGGAUGGGCGGCUGCAGGUGUCCCACCGCAAGGGUUUGCCCCAUGUUAUUUACUGCCGCGUGUGGCGCUGGCCUGAUCUCCAGUCUCAUCACGAGCUGAAGCCGCUGGAGUGCUGUGAGUUCCCAUUUGGCUCCAAGCAGAAAGAGGUGUGCAUUAACCCCUAUCACUACCGCCGGGUGGAGACUCCAGUGCUGCCUCCCGUCCUCGUGCCAAGGCACAGUGAAUAUAACCCCCAGCUCAGCCUUCUGGCCAAGUUCCGCAGUGCCUCCCUCCACAGUGAGCCUCUCAUGCCGCACAACGCCACCUAUCCAGACUCUUUCCAGCAACCUCCAUGCUCGGCCUUCCCUCCCUCUCCAGGACCUGGGCACGUGUUCACACAGUCCCCGUGCACCGCUGGCUACCCUCACUCCCCGGAGAGUCCUUCGGAGCCAGAGAGCCCCUAUCAACACUCAGACUUCCGGCCAGUUUGCUACGAGGAGCCGCAGCACUGGUGCUCAGUUGCCUACUAUGAACUCAACAACCGAGUUGGGGAAACGUUCCAGGCCUCCUCCCGAAGCGUACUUAUAGAUGGAUUCACAGACCCUUCAAAUAACAGGAACAGAUUCUGUCUCGGACUUCUUUCUAAUGUAAACAGAAACUCAACAAUAGAAAACACCAGGAGACACAUAGGAAAGGGUGUGCAUUUAUACUACGUUGGGGGCGAGGUGUAUGCCGAGUGUGUGAGCGACAGCAGUAUCUUUGUACAGAGCCGGAACUGCAACUAUCAGCACGGCUUCCACCCAGCCACCGUGUGCAAGAUCCCCAGCGGCUGCAGCCUCAAGAUCUUCAACAACCAGCUCUUCGCUCAGCUGCUGGCACAGUCGGUUCACCACGGAUUUGAAGUCGUCUACGAGUUAACAAAGAUGUGCACUAUCCGCAUGAGCUUUGUUAAGGGCUGGGGAGCUGAGUAUCAUCGCCAGGAUGUCACGAGUACUCCCUGCUGGAUUGAGAUUCAUCUUCAUGGACCACUGCAGUGGUUGGACAAAGUUCUGACUCAGAUGGGCUCUCCACAUAACCCGAUUUCUUCAGUGUCUUAACAGCCGGUCAUGUCUUAAUCCACAGUUCUGUAGAGUAAAUGCUAUUGCAGGCAGUGGCUUAGAUACCAUUUCAGAUUUGCAACUAACUGAAGUUUCUAAGUACAUAAUGUAAAUACAUAUAAUAUAUACUCUUCAUUUUUUUUUUAUCACCAGUUAAUUUGCACUAGAAUUUCUAGUUAACCUGAUGCUGAGGCCGGCAUGACGUGAUUAGGAAAGCAGGUUUUUCAUGCCAAUGCUAUAAUAAGAAGCAGCUUCUUUUGUGGGAGGAAAAGCAACCGUGUCGAUAGAAUUUGAAAAAUGUUGGCAGAAAAAAAGUCAGCGUUAGUCAGCCAUGUCAUUAUAAGGUAUGUUGUGUGGCCUAUCAGAAAAAUAUCGAAACUGUAUCUUACAAUUUGGGGUACGAGCAGCACCAGAGCAAGUAACGCUUUCAGACACAAGAAAGCAAUCAAACCCAUAGCAUUUAAACAAUCUCACUUUUAGUGCUAUUGGCAAGAAGGGGGACAAGAAAACACCAAGCUUGUAAAAUUAGUUAUGUAAGAUAAGUCACGUAAAUUAUUUCCCAAGUUGAAAUACCUAUAGCUGAACUAUGGUGCUGAUAUUAAUGGUACAUUUGAAACAAAUUUAAACUGUGAUUGGAAAAGAGACUGUGAAGCUGGGAGUCAUGUUGCCUCAUGAUCCACCACUAUUAAGAAGAAAAUAAUGAGUCUAAUACAUGGGAAUAUUCAUAUGAAAAUGGCAUGAAAUGAGCUCUAUUCCCAAAUUGCAAAGUAAGACCAGAACUUAGUCCAAGAAUCACUCAGGAAGACUCUUGCUUUCCACAUUGGAAAUCGGGCCCCUGUUUUCCUGGUUAUUCCACUCAAGCAGUCUGGCAGACAUCUGAGUCUGCCCAGUGAGCUAGAGGACUUUGUGUGUAAAUUCUAGGUGGGGAAGAAGCAGUAAAGGAAGAGGGUUGGACGAAAGCAUUGGAUGUUUUCUCACACCUUCUCACAUUCCCAUUAGAAGACUCCGUGGCGAGGGCACUCCUUUUGCCUACAUGUUGGCACAUACUAUUUACAGAUGACUAAAACGGUGGUGAAGCCUUUGAGAGAAUCUGGACAUAUUGCUGGAGUCACAUUUAUGGGUUACGUAACUUGGUGUCUCGAUCUGCUGGUCACGGCUGUUAGCCUCUUACAAAGCUGAAGCCUCGUACCUGGAAAUAACUUCCCCAAUAGAAUAAUAAUUUCAUAACCCCUGUAAUUUCUGGGGAACAGUGGUACUGAAGAAAGGGACAUUUAAAAAAAUAUAUAUAUGGUAUUAAAAACCUGUUCUUAUUUACUCUCAGAUGAUAAAGAGAGGAGAGGAAAAUUCCCCACAUUUCUAGGUACUUUCAUAUAAAAUAUAUAUAUAUAUAUAUAUAUAUAUAUAUAUAUAUAUAUAUAAAAUUCCCACCCACUAAACACUGCAUUGCUUCAAAAAAUAUUUCACACCCUCUUAAAAAUGUAUAAUUUGAGAAGGUAAUUAUGCUUGUAACAGACGGUACUUCAGUAAUCCAAGAGGUUUCUUCAUUUAUGCAUUCUGUCAACUCUUUUUAGCUUUAGUGCACACAAUAGUUGCUUCUCAUUAAUCGUAUUCAAGGUAGAAAUGAUCCUGUGAAAAAGAUAUGCAAGUGAGCUCCUACUGUCACCUCUUGUAAGAACUAGUGUUAUCUAAUAGAAACUUUCAUAUAUGCAAUAGAAAACAGUACAUUCUACGUUAAAACUAGGUGGUCCAUUUAGUGUUUAGAAAACCCCGUAGUUCCUUGGUUCAACAACUAUGUAUUGUGCCCCUGUAUGGGCUGGGUACAGUGUUGGGUAACUGUGGAAUCAGAUGCAAACCAGAAGCAGCCCCAGGCUCUGGAGCUAAGAGUCUGUUAGUAAACCUGUGUAGACAUCUUCAUGUUUCAGAACUUUUAAAACACAACAAAACCUAUGAUCUUUCCUUUGCUCAGAAAGAUAUAGCUCAUUUCUUAAUUAUUUCUGUUUUGAAACUUAGUUCCCUUCUCUUCUGAGCAAUCAGGUAAGAGAUGAAAUCUUCCUUGGAGAAAUGCUACUUUUCUUCCGUGCCCCAAAGUUGUUUGUUUUCUCCCCUGACUUCCCUGUUUUCCAGGUUUUUCCCUUUUCCGCUUUUCUUGGAAAAGGCAUUAAUACAGUGAGUCUUCCUCACAUGAGUACAGCUCUGUGAGAGCGUAAGGACACAUGAUUUUUCUCAAGAGAGCUAACAUAGCUUUUUUGAUCUCUUCACAAAUACUCACUCAUCCUCUGGUAGCGAUAACCUUAUACCUUUGCAGAAUUAAUCAUAACUGGUUGCUUAUAAAUUACAUUAAGAAAGUUAAGUAACCUGGAUGGCCAUGCAGGUUUGGUAAAACCAGAACAAAAUAUUCCAGGAAGCCUGUGCUCAUCCUUUGAAAAACAAAUGAUUAAAGUGGUACAUUUGCAUCAUCACUGGUCCUGUCUCUCCAAAAGUCCAUAUUCGGAUAGGAGUGAAAUUCAGAAAAGUUAACCCUUCGGUCACUGUAACUAGUCACCUUCUCAUCAGCCUUUGAACGUUUUUGCUGUCAGGAAUUGUCCAAAGUUGUAAUGUAGCAUUUUUUUUUUCAGACUUCCACAUUUGCUCAUGUAGCAUUCAUUCCUUGAGAUGGACAGUCCCCCCAAAAAUGUAAUAGCAUUCUUUUAGAGGAUAACUAGCGAAGUGGACAUGCUAAGCCAUUUAAAGGCACCAACAACGCCACACAUUUUUAAGGUUGCCUUGGACAAGGGUCGUGCAGUAGAGAACAAUGUUUUGGCCUGCUCUGGAGACCCAGAAUAUUUACUGUUGUUGUUCAAGCUUGUUUUCUAUUCUUUUCCUGUUUAAAAAUUGAGAUAUGAGAAGUUUGUUUUAGUUAGAUGGUAUUUUUACUAUCUCCCAGUGUUUUGGAACUGUAAAGAUGGCAUUUUUCAAGUUACCUUUUUUAUUUUUAUUUUUUUUUUAUAUUCAGUAUAAAUCAGGAAAUGUUGAACAACAAAAUAGCACUAGCACUUAGAAUCCCUUUUUCAUUUUCUUCUAAGGGAUUAAAUGCAACAACAAAAACAUUUUGUAAACAUCACUGGCUAGACUUUAAGCACUUGUUUAAUUUUGAGUGUGUCCUGAGUAUUUGGAUAUAUGUAUUCAACAACUAAAGCAAACUAUAACGUGCAUUCCAAAUUUGUCUUCCCCUGUUAUGAUUUUAGCAGUUGAACCGUAUGACAAGACUGGAGGAUCCUGACAUAUGUUCAAAUUAAUGUAACACAAACCAACAAGAAACUAUUUCUAUUUAAGUAAUGCUUUUGUUGAUCAUAUCUAGGCUUCAAUUAUCCUUCAAAUGCACACUUAUACUGUUAUGUGAUUGUUUAUAAUAAACAAUACUGUACCUAUA